AUUGGGGGAGGAGCACAGGCUACACAGCCCAAACUGACGACGUCGUCUGAUUACAAUCACCCGUCCCUCAUCAAAAUCUGAACCGUUCAAUAGUCCCGCCAUUUCUUUCCGCCGGACGGAGACCACAAUGACGUUUGUGCCCUAAGUACUUAACGAACUCUGCGUCUUGAAACAAUCACAGUGCAAUUCCUCUCGGUCUCUCAUACAUUCUCUCUCUUAAUACACACAAAGUAUAUUACAUAUAUUAAUAUAUUUCCAAUUACCGGUUUUCUCCACUUCAAUCAUGCCCUCCGCCGCCGUUGCCAACGGUUUCACCACCGCCGGAAAGUCAUCCACAAGGUCGACACCAGGCCUUCUCUCUUCAACUUGCAGUGAAGUCCAGAGGAGCCGCCUCCAAUUCGUACUCCCUCUCCCUUCCGUCCUCAAGAACUCAUUCAAAAUAGUCGACGGUUCACCAAGCUCCUCCGCCGGAAGUCCAGAUGAAAUCGCUAAGCUUUUUCCCAAUUUAUUUGGACAACCGCCGGCAAUGCUCGUGCCUUGUGGUUCGACGGAGGCCUCGCCGGAUCGGAGUUUGAGGAUUGGUGUACUGCUCUCCGGAGGACAGGCCCCUGGUGGUCACAACGUGAUUUCGGGAAUUUUUGAUUACUUACAGGCUCGAACAAGGGGUAGUAAAUUAUAUGGGUUUAGGGGCGGUCCGGCUGGGAUCAUGAAGUGUAAAUAUGUUGAGUUGACAACAGAUGUUAUCUAUCCUUACAGAAAUCAGGGUGGCUUUGAUAUGAUAUGUAGUGGCAGAGACAAGAUUGAAACCCCUAAACAGUUUAAGCAAGCUGAAGAGACGGUAUUGAAGCUUGAUUUAGAUGGGCUUGUUUUCAUUGGUGGAGAUGACUCAAACACCAAUGCUUGCCUUCUCGCUGAGAACUUUAGGGGUAAAAAUAUGAAAACUCGGGUCAUUGGGUGUCCAAAAACCAUUGAUGGUGACUUGAAAUGCAAGGAGGUUCCCAUAAGUUUUGGAUUUGAUACUGCAUGCAAGAUAUAUGCAGAAGUUAUUGGAAAUGUCAUGACAGAUUGUCGUUCAACUGGAAAAUACUAUCACUUUAUAAGGCUUAUGGGCCGUGCAGCUUCUCACAUAACAUUGGAGUGUGCUUUGAAGACUCAUCCAAACAUCACAAUUAUUGGAGAAGAGGUUGCGGCCAAUAAUUAUACACUGAAAAAUGUCACAGACUACAUCACUGAUAUAAUCUGCAAACGUGCAAAACUUGGAUACAAUUAUGGCGUCGUACUUAUACCAGAAGGCCUGAUUGAUUUCAUUCCAGAGGUGCAGCAGCUUAUUGCUGAGCUUAAUGAAAUCCUAGCCCAUGAUGUCAUUGAUGAGGCUGGACUGUGGAAAAAGAAACUUCAGUCUCAGCAUCUUUUUGAUUUUUUACCCCAAGCAAUUCAGAAACAACUGCUGCUAGAAAGAGAUCCACAUGGGAACGUACAGGUUGCCAAGAUAGAAACAGAAAGAAUGCUUAUAGAAAUGGUGGAAAAUGAAUUGGAGAAAAGGAGGCAGGAAGGUUUAUAUAAUAAGCAGUUCAAAGGGCAAUCCCAUUUUUUUGGUUACGAGGGUAGAUGCGGUUUGCCUUCAAACUUUGAUGCUAACUACUGCUAUGCAUUGGGUUUUGGUGCUGGGGCCCUCCUCCACUCCGGAAAGACUGGACUGAUUUCCUCAGUGAGCAAUUUGGGUGCUCCAGUUGAAGAAUGGACAGUGGGUGGAACAGCGUUGACAUCCUUAAUGGAUGUGGAGAGAAGACAUGGAGAGUUCAAGCCAGUGAUUAAGAAGGCAAUGGUGGAACUCGAUGGUGCACCUUUCAAAAAAUUUGCAUCUAUGAGGGAUGAGUGGGCUAUAAAGAACCAAUUCAUCAAUCCAGGUCCGGUUCAAUUUGUUGGCCCUAGAGCAAACGAUAUUAGUCACACUCUUAUGUUGGAGCUCGGAGCACAAACAUAGAGGUUCUUCAGAUAGAAAUGAAGUUUGGCCAAAGAAAUACAUUUGUUGAUACGCAAACAGCACAAGAAUCAACUGUUUUUCCACUUAGAAGAGAUCCUUACACGAUUUGCUUUAGCUAUCAUUGAUUAGAUGGAAAAGUAAAGGUUUUAUGUUAUUGAAACCUGAGGAGUAAUUUUUUAUUAUUUUUUAUAUCCCAUUUUUGGGCGAUAAAGCUUUUGAAUGAAUGGUUAAUUUUUUGGAUGAUAUAUUAUGGAUAUAUAAUUGGAUAAAAAUUCCAAAAUUACUCAUCAUUGUGUAAUCAUAUACGAAAGUCUACAGCUUCUUCUUA